AUGGAUCAACCGGUUGGCCCCAAAGUCUCUUCCGGCCCGCCCGCUGAAGCUCCGUCCCGCGAGCCCCUCCACGGUCGAUACACCACGCUAGUUCCUCUCCAGCCGUCGCAUGCGAAGGCCUUAUUUAAGAAUGUCGGUGGAGAGGAAAACGCACACUUGUGGACCUACCUCUUUCAAGAGCCAUUUCUCAAAUACGAUGCAUUUCAAGCUGCAGUCACGACCUGGAGCAAGUCUCAAGACCCACUGUACUUCGCCGUCAUGUCAGGUCCCUCGACAGACCCAUCAGCGGAGCCGAUUGGUUUCAUGACAUUCAUGUCUAUCGUACCGGACCACCGGCGAAUCGAAAUUGGCUCCGUUUGCUUCAGCCCGAAGCUGCAGCGCACUCGGCAAGCAACCGAAACAUUUUAUCUUCUGAUGAAAGAGGCAUUUGAGAACUUGAACUACGACAGGCUGGAAUGGAAAGCCAACAACCUUAACAAGCCAAGUCUUGCGGCUGCCGACAGGCUCGGUUUUACCUUCGAAGGCGUGUUCAGGAAACACAUGAUUAUCAAGAAUAGGCGUAGAGAUACGGCUUGGUUCAGCAUCACGGAUGACGAAUGGCCCGUUGUCAAGGGUGGACUGGAGGCCUGGUUGAUUGAUAGCAACUUUGACCAACAGGGAAACCAGAUCAAGAGCUUGAGCCAAUGUCUCAACACCAUGAAGACCAAUCUGCUGGCCUCGGCGCUGGCCCUCGUCGGGUUCAGCCAGGCGCAGAAUUCCACCUUCCAGAAUCCGAUCAUCAGCGGCUUCAAUCCGGAUCCAAGUUGCAUCUUCGUGCCUGAGUUGAACAACACAUUCUUCUGUGCAACAUCGAGCUUCCUCGCGUUCCCGGGUCUUCCAAUUCACGCAAGUCGAGACUUGAUCCACUGGAAGCAUGUUUCCAACGCCUUCGGCAGAGCAGAUCAGCUUCCUGGCAUGGCCUUCUUGCCAAAAGCCACAAGUGGAAUCUACGCGCCAACACUACGCUUCCAUCAGGGUACAUUUUACCUACUCUGUACUCUAGUAAACCAACAAUUGCCAAGGACGAACGACAGUCGAUGGAACAACUUCGUUCUCACGGCAACAGACCCUUAUAGCUCAGAUGCCUGGUCCGAUCCUGUUCACUUCAGCUUCCCAGGCUUCGAUCCCUCGCCAUUUUGGGAUGACGACGGCAAGACUUACGUCUUUGGUGCUCACACUGCAGCCUACUACCCUGGUAUUAUGCACGCACCACUAGACCUCGAGACUGGUGAGAUCGGGGACAUCAUCAUGCCUUGGAACGGCACAGGCGGACGAUCCCCAGAAGCGCCGCACAUCUGGAAGCGAGAUGGAUACUACUACCUUCUCCUCGCUGAAGGUGGUACGAGAGAGAAUCACAUGGUCACGAUGGCACGUUCACGAAACUUGACCGGCCCCUACGAGCCUGCACCUGGGAACCCUCUCCUAACUUCAGCAAAUAACACAAGCUCAUACUUCCAGGCCGUCGGGCAUGCAGAUCUUUUCCAAGAUGCCAAGGGUCAAUGGUGGUCCGUCGCUCUUGCGGUUCGUGCCGGCGGCUCAUAUGGAGAGGAUCCAGGAGCUUACUUCGGAAACCUGCCGAUGGGUCGAGAGACCGUUCUCACUCCAGUCACAUGGAAUGAAGGGGAGUUACCAGUCUUCACACCUGUCACGGGCGAUAUGUCCGGUUGGCCGCUACCGUCCGAAGCUAUUCCCGAGCAAGGCGAAGGACAGCUCAGUGAUGCAGACGAUGCCGUCACCUUUCCUCCUGGCAGCAAACUGCCGAUUCACUUUGUCCACUGGCGUCUGCCUAAAUCAAGGAACUACGCCGUCUCACCCCCAGGACACUGGAAAACACUCGCACUCAAGUCAUCAGUCCUCAACCUCACAGCUUUUGACGCAGAUUUCGCCCUGGGACGGGGUCAGACUUUCGUCGGGCGCCGUAUGGCACACUCACUGUUCCGCUUCCGUGUGGAUGUGGACUGGUCAAAGUCUCUGACGAAGGAGGAGAUGGAGGUUGGCAUCUCAGCAAUUCAAGACCAGGCGCAACACUUUGACUUGGGCAUCGUCAUGCUCAAAUCCAAUGGAAGUCAAGAUUUGCGACCACACCUGCGUUUCAGGGGUAUUUCAGAGACACCCUACCGAGCAAUGGAGAACCCUCCAAACCAAGUGUUCCCUCUGCCUGACGGGUGGGCCGGACAGAAGCUUGCUCUCCAGAUCGAGGCGAUCAACAGCACGCAUUUUGCCUUCUCGGCCGGACUUGCUGGGCCUGAAGAGAACUCUGAGAUGAGAGUAUUUGGAUAUUGUAAGGGUACCGAGUUGGUGCCGUACUACUCUGGGGUCGUCUUGGGGGUCUACGCUACGUCGAACGGAAAGCACGGAGAGCAAGCAUUUGAGACGUACAUCUCUAAUUGGAGGUACACCGGUGUGCGGCAGUUGAGAAGCCAGAAGGAUGUGGACGAUGCUGACGGAGCUAGAGGUCGAUGA